GUUUGUAGGCGGAUAAACUGAUGUCUCAUCGAAGCCAGCUGCUGUCGGGACAGUUCAACAUGUCUGGACUUGUUCCGUCACUCAGACACAUGGACAGGGACGCAGAUAACUCAGGACAGAAAUAAUGGACUAUCAGUUUCCUCAGCAACUUUUCCCCUCGUUUUACAGCAGCGAACCGCCGAACCGGGUCCAGAGACACAGCGCCGGAGGAUGGGGCUGCUACGACGGAGUCUUAGCGCAGGGCGGCACCGGCUCUCUCUCCAGCUGGGCGUUCAGGUCCAAACGGCAGGUUGGAGGGGAGGUCUGGCGCCAGAUGGAGCCGGUUCCGGUUCCCCUGCUGUCCCCCAGGAAAGCGUUCCAGGAACUCGUGACGCCUCCUGAUCCGCUGGACUUCUUAAAACAUAUGCAGAACUUCUUCAUGGAUCACGGCCCGGACGCCUUCGGGUGCAUGAGUGAGAUGCUGGGGGAAAACUUCCACUUCCAGAAAGCCAAGUUGAAGAAGAAAUGUCGUCGGGAUUCGAUCAACAUGUGGAGGACGAAGAGCUUCGUCGACCAGCUGAAGUUCAACAUGUGUCCCAUGGCGUACCGGUCCCGGUCUCUGGACCGGUACUCCAGCCUGCUGUGGGACGUGGUCCAUGACGUUCCUCCGGACCUGCUGGGCUCGCUGCUGUUCGAGGAGCUGACCGAGCAGAGGGACCGCAUGCAGUUCUCAGAGGCGGCCACCGGGGGCGCCCUGGCCUUCGUCCCGUUCUCGCAGAGCGAUGGCUGCCUGCUCUACCCUGGAGGCCUGGGGAUGGACCGCCUCAACUUCCACAGGGUGGUGCUGGAGCGCGACGGCUCCGCCUGCAUGGAUACUGGCCAGAAGCCGGUCAGCUUCCAGCUGAGGGGUCCGGUCCGACAGAUCAGCUGCAGCUCGCGCUUCGGCGACAGCUGCGUCGCCGUGCGCUCCGACCACGUCUGUGGCGUCUGGGGCAUGGGGGACCAGAACGAGCCGCGCCUGCUGCAGGUGGUCGGCACCGAAGCUGCUGCCAGCUGUGUCAGCACCAGUCCGCACAUUCUGGGCGAAGUUCUGGUGGCGAGUGAGAGCGGAGCGGCGAGCCUGUGGACGGUCGGCAGAGGGUUGCAGAAGGUCCGAACGGAGGAGAGCAACUUGUACUUCAACGCCAAGUCGUCAUGGCGAUGGUGCGAAUUCUCCGCCCACCCACGAGUGAUGCUGUACGCCGACCGGACGGGGGUGGAGCUCACAGACUUCAGGCUGAAGCUGGAGUCGCACCCGGGUCUCACUCUGUUCCGGAUCAGCAGCACCUCAGACUGCCAAAGGGGAGAGCGCCUCCUGCUGGUCAGAUUCCUGGGAGACGUUCACCCCUUUCACCACCUCCUCACCACGCAGCACUCGGCCUACAUCAUGGACGAGCGGUUCCCCUGCGUCCCCAUGCUGAAGUGGGACCACAUGAUGGAGGCUCCGCCCCUGUUCUGCCACGUGGCUCCGGGCUCCGCAUCAGGAACCACAAAGGUUCUGCUCGGGUCGCAGUCGUCCCAGGAGAUCACUCUGCUGCAGUACUCUGGAGGCGCAGUGGAGGCGUGCUGCAGCCACGGUUCUCCUCAGGUUCUGCUCAGACCCAGAGACAGUCUGGCUCUGCUCCCGGUCCAGUUGCCCCACCGGCAGCAGACCGCCGCCCACAGACUGGCUUCUCCCGCUGCAGGCCUGACGUGUCUCCAGAGGACGUCCGUUUCCACGGCGACCAUGAUUGUCCUCCAGCUGACGGCGGCGGGGGACGUCUUCUACCAGAUCCUGGAGCGGGAUGACGGAAAACCCGGAACGCCGGAGGCCGGAACACCGGAGGCCGGAACGCCGGAGGCCGGAACGCCGGAGACUGAAGUUCGCUUCCCGUUGUUGGUCUCAGAAACGUCCAGUGACGAGGACGUCGUCAUGCCAACGCAGGCUCCCAACGCUCUCACGUUUGUCCCGGAAACGCCGGACAGGAACCAGAGUUCGGAUCGGCCUCCGGAUCGGAUCCCAGCGUUCGUCGCCGUUGGUAACGGAGCGGAUUGUUCGGCUCCCUCGGCGCUGAGCAGCGCCACGCGUCACGCCUGGAGGCGCUGGCUGCAGAAGCUGAUGAGACAGGAGGGGAAACCCGGCGCUCCGCCGCGCCUCGCGGUCCGAACCGAUGGUCUGCUGAGCGUGCCGGAGCCGGCCGCCGCCGGACGCCACCUGCAGGGGGCGCUGCAGCAGGACCUGCAGCGCUGCAUGCGGACGCGGUCGCUGCUGCUGAACAGCAACCUGGACCCGGUUCCGGUGCCGCCGGUGGUGGACGCCGAGGCGUGGCGCGACCUGCUGAGCAACCGGCUGACGACGGCGUGGCGCGGCGGCCAGGAGGCGUGGCUGGAGUGGUGGCAGGAGGAGCGGGGGGCGAACCAGGCCAUGAAGAGGGAGGCGCUGCGGAGGAAGAGGAGGAGGGAGAAGGAGGCGCAGCGCGCGGCAGGGCGCCACCUGCAGCUCAGCGGCAGCUUCACCUCCUCCGUCAGCUACCAGACGGACCUGGACGACUUGUCCGGCUGGUCCUCGGGGACCAGCGGCCCGCUGUCCGACAGCCAGCAGAGCAGGCCUCUGGGCCAGCUGGCCUCCUUCCUGGAGGAUCAGGACGACUCGCUGCCGCCGGACCGUCUGGAUCCGCCCUGCAGAACUCCAGAGCCACAAACAGCCAAUCAGAGGAGCAGGAACCUGACCGACCAAUCACUGAGCUUCAUGUGGGAAACACAGGACGAUCCUCCUCUUCAUCCCACCCCCUCCUCUUCCUCUCAGCUGCCCAGCUUUCCGUCUCUGACGCCCUCCAGGCCGUCGCAGAGCCAGCGGGGGGCGCUGCAGGGGUCCCAACCCAAGAAGAAGAAAUCCCGGAUGGGAUUCUGAUCCCAGGAUUGGAUUGUUGUGACUCUAAUGGUGGAACAGGAAGCAGGAAGUGACCCGGCGGAGGAGACGGAGCGGCCCGCCUGGUAGGACUCUGUGGUUGUUUUGUGCUAAAAACUGUAAACGUGGAUUUAAAUGUCAUUUUCAUUCAAAACAAAAAACUAAUAUUUGCACAGAGAAGCAGAAAGACGUUUUAUAACCUGGCUGGUUUUCUCCAGGGUUUUCUAAAAAUAAUAAAGUUGAGCGUGAAGAACCAU